AUGGCUAGUACUCACCGAGCUCCAAAGCAAUGGUGCCUUUCAAAGAUCGAGACUAUAACUAGCUUUGAAAACUGGAGGCAGAAUUUAAUCUACACUUUGUCACUUGACAGCAAUUUCGCACCAUUCCUGGCCGAAGACGCUACGUGGGGAAAGAAGACUAGGGCUCAGCCUUCACGUGGGUUUACAGAUGACGGCGAAGCCGUUGCCCAGAACAGUCGUCAAACAACCCAACAGAAAGUAAAUUUCUUGGAACUUAUGCUUGGUCAAAUAGCAAAUUAUGCCCAAUCAUAUCUAGGAACACUUUGGUCAAAAAUUCAACCUCUAUACAGUCUAUCUGGAAUACAAUACGAGAACACUUUGGUUUCCAAGUGACAGGAGCACACUUUCUUGAUUUCGCAAAUCUACGCUUAGAAACAGACGAGCGUCCUGAAGACCUAUACCAGAGAUUAGUAGCCUUUGUCGAGGACUGUUUACUUCGAGCUAACAGCCUCUCCCACCAUGGGGUGCAGCUUGCUGAAGAUGAGGAGUUAUCACCAACUGUUGAAAAUCUUAUUGUUCUCACUUGGCUCAGACUUAUCAACCCUGAGUUACCAAAAUUAGUAAAACAAAGGUACGGCACAGAGUUAAGAUCACGAACACUGGCGUCUAUCAAACCAGAGAUAUCACAGGCCCUGUCCUCAUUGCUGGAGGAAAUUCAUUCAGCUGAUGAUGCCAAAAUAAUGCGUACAGCAGUUAGCAGCUAUCGAAAGCCUGGUAGUGAGAGACUGCUUGCUAGACCAAAUACCAGAUCAAAUCGACCACUUAAGUCAUGUCCCCUUUGCAAACAAGCUGGCCGCACUAACAGCAGCCACUUUUUGAGUGAAUGUAACUUCCUGCCAGACCAAGAUCGCAGAUACAUGGUAAAAGCCAGACAGAUUGCAGAAAUUUUAGAAGAUAUCCCCGAAUCCGAGAGUAGCAUAAAUCGAGCUGAUCCCGCUU